AACAUUACCACCAAAAAACGUCCACGCAUUUAUUGUUUUUUUAUGGCUUGGACAUGAAAAGCCCAUACACGUACGAAGAAGAAACGCAAGCUGGCUGUGCUUUUUUCCGCUAACAGAAAUGUUGCCUUUGACUUUGUUAAACGCUGCCCAAGGACGUCCAAUCCUUGUAGAAUUGAAGAACGGCGAGACUUUUAAUGGACAUCUUGAGAAAUGUGAUAAUUAUAUGAAUUUGACUCUUCAGGAAGUCAUUCAAACCAUGCCUGAAGGUGACAAAUUCUUUCGGAUGCCCGAGUGUUAUAUUCGUGGAAACAAUAUCAAAUAUCUUCGCGUUCAAGACGAAUUGGUGGAGCAAGUGGCCAAGCAACAGAGUCAACAUCGUGAAAACCGUUCCAAUCGCUUCCGUGGUCGCGGUCGCGGCCGUGGAGGUUAUGGAAACAACGGCGGCAGAAGAGGCGGUCAUCGCCCUAUGCAACACUAGACAUUGUCGAGGUUUACCCGCUAGGCUGUGUUUACGAAAAAUGAGGAUUCACUGGAGUAUUAUGUGACAGUUUUAAGGAGAUCGAGAGAACGUAAUUUGGUUUCGUAGACAUGUAUUGGAGUGGGGAAGCAUGUAUUAUCAGUUUUCAGUUUUGUUCCUCUACUUUUUCGUAAUCAGAUUUCGCAUAAAAUCAAAACUAUUGCCAUCUGGCUGGAGAAUGACUUUUACACCUAUGGGUCUUCCGUCCUCAGUAAUGGGUUGAGCAAUUAGUAGACCACAAUCGGUUGUGAUACCUUCGAUGCGUGCGGGAACACCAUUUUCCAGGUAAACUUUUUGGUUUGUGUGAAGCCAGUUUUUGUAGUACACGGGAAGAAUAGUACUGAAGCCUUGAU